CUGCCAAAACGACGACUACACGUCCGACCAGUCGCUCCGCAGCCUCUACGACUCGGUGCACUACGUCGAGAAGGUCACCACGUCGCUUCGCCGCCCGCUCACGAUUGCCGAGAUCGCGGUCCGCAGCGCCGGUGUCCACGAGCAGCCGAUCCUUGAAGGCUUUGGCAUCAUGUACUACUGCGGCUUCUACGCGUGCGUGGCCAACCACGACGGCGACGCCAGCAAGUGCUACCCGUCGUUCCAGGGAGACGAGGAGUGGAACCAGGAUCAUGUGACGCCUUUGCUCAAGGCCAAGUCGGACGAAAUCAACGACUGCAUCGACGACGGGUACCUCUCGCCCGACGACAUUGCGCAGUGCGGAGCGGUGACGGACUACGUGGACGCGCUCGCCCGCCGCAACUACAUUUGCCUCGCCGAAGCCGAGAUCGUCAGCUUCCUCGGGAAGAUCUACCCCACGUGGAACACAGACACAGACGUCGAGGACGACGCCCUCACGCUCGUCUACGCUCGCCACUUGGCCGACGAACGCUCCUACGCUGCCCAAGCCUUCGAGGACGACACUGUGCUUGAUGCCAGCAAGCUGCCGGUGCCGUGCACGACGAACGAUGACAUCUACCUGAAGCUCAACACGGCGCUUGCCUCGUUGUCGGGGAUCUGCCUUUCCAACAAGCUCGCGACGCCCGAACCGUGGAGCGAGCCCGAGCCGCAGUACAACGGCCACUACAAGAAGGGUCCGGUCUACACGGCGCCCGUCUACAAGGCGACGUAGGCGCGCCGUGUCGUCUCUGGCAGCGCUGACAGGGCCAAGACGUCUGUGCUUGGCUGCUGUUCCUUCGGUCUUUCCGAGUGACAGGGCUGCCUCGAAUCCACCCAUGUAGCCGACCCUAAAUACUAGCUUCGUUGUUUGUGUACGUAAUAUACAGCAAAUUUCUUCUA